AUGUUUUCGUCAUGCACGGCGCUGUACGCGCGUGCCCUGGUGGAUCGCAAGUCCCCAAAGCUCUGGGGAGCACCCGGCGCGCCGAUUAUUCGCAUGCGCGGUCACCACGUAACGUGGAAGUUUCAGUCGUAUGAUAUUUUUGUCGAACACACGCACCGGCGUCGCAACUCCGACAUUCGUCUUCUGCACUACCUAGGCAAGCACUGCCCUCACCCGCAAAAGUCGUUGUGGUCGCCUGACACACCAGUCACGCAGGACCGUCACUUGUUUAUGUUGACCACUGUUGACGUGGACGCCUUCAAGUACUGGUUUGGUGUCAAGCGAUGCCGUCUUUCCGUAGGCCCCUGGAACAUUCUCGCUAAAUCGGGGCUUCUCCCGCCCUCUUACAAGCAGAACUCAAAGCUCAUGCCGAAGCCGAUCUUCGACAAGGAGCACUUGAUGAGGUACUACUUGGCGAACCGAAAAGAUCGGCGGCAGAUGGAGCGGGAGGACUACUUAAGCUACAAAAAUAGCCUGGUGAAGUCGCCAGAGGAGCGCGCCGCGGAGCGGCCGGUGGCACCCUUUUUGUAG